CGGGCAGACACCAAAGCGUUAACCACCCGUUCGCCUCCAUUUCCUGUCCCGCUUCCUCUUUUUCUUCCCAAAUUUUGGGCAGUACCCAGGGCCGCGGCAGCAGCUCCGCUCAUGUCCGGGCAGGGAAGCCAGUCCUGUCCCGUCCGAACCGGGAAUGCGUCAAACUUCAGUCUGCACCAGCCCCACGACAAGGUGUCAGUGGCACCGGGGGAGACGCUCACCCUGACUUGCACCACGUCUGAAAUGGCUGACCCAUGUCCUGUGAGGUGGCUGAAGGGCUGGGGCAGUGAGAGCAAGACCAUCUAUGACCAGAGAGAGUCCUUACCCCGUGUGAUCAGAGCAAUGAAUGGGUCCAACUCAGAUUUCACCAUCUACAUCAGGAACGUUACACGUGAGGACAUGGGCACCUACUACUGUGUGAAGUUUUGCAAGGGGAAUAAGGGUGAGGAUGUGCUGUUUGAGUGUGGCCGUGGCACAGAGGUGUCCGUGCAAGAGAGAACCCUGGUUCCUGGAAUGGUGGCUGCAGCUGCAGGGCUCUGCUUCCUCCUCCUCCUCCUCUUCAUCGCCCUUUGCAUGUACAGGAGGAAGCGCCAAGCUGGGGUGGGCAGCCCGUGCCCGGGCAGGACAGUGGCCAUGGGCAGCUUCUCGUUUGUCCCUGUGCAGUGCUGUGCAGGGACCCCCAGCACCCCCAGUGAAGGCCUGGAUGCAGAGAGCUCCCACCUGCCCAGCCAGCAGAGCAGCAAGGAAGAGAACAACAUCCACUAUGCUGACCUGCAGCCCCUGUCCUCGGCCCCACGGCGCAGCAGGAGCCCGGGCACAGCCUCCACCGAGUAUGCCAGCCUCAGGGUGGGUGCCAAGUGACGCGUGGCACCGCUGCCACGGCCAGGCCCUGUCAGGGUGGAAGAAGGGAUGUUUCUGCAGGGCACAAUGAAGAAGUGGAGCUGUUUGCUUGGUGCACCCCAAUCUCAGCUCAGCACACUGUGCUCAUCGUGCUUGCAUCUCAGAGGAGCUCUCCCAGGACCUGAAGCCAUCUCGACCACAGGAUGAGACCAGGAGGCCAAGCACCUCUGCCUUGUGCAAGCUGUUUGAUGUUGAUGACACCAGGAGGACCUCACACAAACCUGUGUCCACCAGCAUGGGCCUCCACUAGCCCUUUCCCAGCCCACAGGUCCAUAAUUUGUGUUAUCUUUUCUCUGCCCUCAAUAAAGCUAGCAAACAGC